AUGCAAGCCCAUCAGAAAUGGUCAAAUAGUUUACAGCAUGUUUUGAGGCCUAAUGAGACACAUGUGUUUCAAAUAGAUGCUGACUAUACAACGCAAUUGGUUCCAUUAGAACAAAUACAAGAAAGGAAUGUGUGUUACAGUAAAUUCAAUGAUACUAGUAACAAUUUGAUGAUGUUGACCGAAAUUUCAAUUGUCAGAAUCUACGGUGUAAUGAAAGACCACAGCAGUAUUUUAUUAAAUAUAUACAAUUUUUGGCCUUAUUUUUACAUUAAAAUGCCACCAAAUUUCAUUCCACAUCAUAUAGAAAAGCUUACAAUACUUCUUAACGAAUAUUUGAAGUCGCAGCACUUCAAGAAAUCUCGCCUAUUUGUAGUAAAAAUUGAAAUAGUCAAGAAACAGUCUCUCAUGUUUUAUUCACCUGACAAUAGCAUUGAUUUUUUAAAAAUUACAGUUGCAUUGCCCAGAAUGGUUUCCACACUAAGAACAUUUAUUGAAAAUGGAAUAUCAAUCAAAGGUAAUAUUCAACGAAUGGUUUUUGAGGCAAAUCUUCCUUAUGUAAUGCGAUUUCUACUUGAUUGUAGCAUUUUCGGUGGCUGUUGGUUGAAGGUCUCUGAUUAUACAAUUAUACCGAAACAUCAGCAAAGUUCCCACUGCUCAUUAGAGAUUGACCUUGAUUAUAAUUCUGUAAUAGCUUUGGAUGUUUCUGGCGAGUGGAUUUCUUUGGGGGCAAUAAGAAUUUUAUCAUUUGAUAUUGAAUGCAUAAAACGUGAGGGCAACGGCUUCCCUUCGGCCCAAGAAGACCCAGUUAUUGCAAUAUCCUCUAUAAUAGAAACAGUUGGAUUCCCCGAUAAAAAAUGGAGUUUCAUAUUCACAAUUGGGGAAUGUGCUCCGAUUUCUGGGACGUGCAUUUUUUCAUUCGUCAAUGAAACAGAUAUGUUGCUUGCUUGGUCACAAUUUUUUCGUGCAGUGGAUCCUGAUCUAAUAACUGGAUACAACAUUGUAAACUUCGAUAUACCCUAUCUAAUAGAAAGGGCUAUGUCAUUGAAUUUGGAUGAAUUUUGUUAUCUGGGACGAAUCAAAAACAUACCUACGACCGUAAAAUCAGGGGUUAAAUCUAAUAGACAACUUGGUUUGUAUGAAAAUAAGGAUAUAAAUAUUGAAGGAAGGAUAAUUUUUGACGUGCAUGAUCUCAUACGCCGUGAAUACAGUCUUAAGUCAUAUUCCCUGAACUAUGUCUCCUUCGAGUUUUUAAAGGAACUUAAAGAUGAUGUACACUAUAGUAUUAUGAAAAGCUUGCAUUAUGGUACAAAUGAGGAGCGUCGUAGACUUGCUAAUUACUGUCUUAAGGAUUCACUACUCCCUCUUAAGUUAAUUGAUAAACUGUUACUACUAAUUAAUUACGUGGAAAUGGCCCGUGUUACUGGUACGCCUAUCAAAUUUUUAAUUACCAGGGGCCAACAAAUUAAGGUUACAAUGCAGAUAUUGCGGCAGUGUAAAGUAAUGAACCUGGUAAUGCCUUGCAUAAAAUCAAAUGGCCAAGAAGCGAAUUACGAAGGAGCGAUGGUUAUGGAGCCCAUUAAAGGCUAUCAUAAAGUCCCAAUUGCGGUACUAGAUUACCAAUCGCUAUACCCAUCAUUGAUGAUCGCCCAUAAUAUAUGUUAUUCAACGCUAAUACGGUCUGAGGAUCUUCAUAAGUAUGACGAAAAGGAUUUUACUAGAGUCCCGGAUAAUGAGGGGAUUUGCUUUAUUAAGCCGCAUAUUAAAGGCCUAUUACCGAUUGUGGUAGACAAUUUGCUAACAGCUAGGGCCAAAGCUAAGCAUGAGAUGAAGAUGUGUGAAGAUCCUUUCACCAAAAAUGUGCUAAAUGGUCGUCAAUAUGCCCUAAAAAUCACUGCAAAUUCUGUUUACGGGUAUACAGGAGCGUCGUCAGGCGGUUGGCUUCCCAGCGUCCAAUUAGCAACGGCCAUCACUUCGUUUGGUCGUCAGUUAAUAGGAAAGACUGCUAUGACAAUUGAAAGGAUGUAUACAGUUGCCAAUGGCUACAGUGCAGAUGCAAAAGUUGUCUAUGGUGAUACCGAUUCCGUGAUGAUAAAUUUUGGUGUAGGCACCGUGGAGGAAGCUAUGAAAUUAGGUACUGAAGCCGCGAAUAAGAUAUCUUCGGAGGAGAUUAAGCCAAUCAAACUUGUAUUUGAAAAGGUCUACUUUCCAUUCCUACUCCUUACCAAAAAACGCUAUGCUGGUUUACUCUAUAGCAACUCUGAUAAAUAUGAUAAGAUAGAUUGUAAGGGAAUAGAAUCAGUGCGGAGAGAUUUUUGCAUGCUGGUGCAACAGAUGACGGAACGCGUGUUACAUUUGUUGUUGAUUGAUAUUAAUUUGCAGGGUGCUAUUGAUUUUACCAAGCAAAAAAUUAAGGAUUUACUAACCAAUGAAAUAGAUAUAUCUCUACUUGUGGUUACCAAGUCUUUGGGCAAACAAGAUUAUGAAGCAAGGCUGCCUCACGUUGAGCUUGCCAAGAAAAUGAAGGCUAGGGAACCCACCAAUGCUCCAGGAGUGGGAGAUCGUAUUAGUUAUAUAAUAACAAAGGGCACUAAAGGUCAGCCCCAAUUUGAUAGGGCAGAGGAUCCGCUUUAUGUUGUGGAAAAUGAUCUACCCAUUGACACUGGUCAUUACCUUGAGUCCAUAAAAUCUACAAUUAUGAAAUUUUUCGAAGUAAUCAUGCCCAACCCUGAAUCUCUGUUUUCCGGUGACCACACCAGAAUAAUUACUGAGUCUACAGUCACUACUGGUGCCCUAUCAAAAUUUAUGACCAAGAGUUAUCGCUGUAUGAGUUGUUCUAGUAUAAUUCAAACUCCACCGCUUUGCAAAUACUGUGCAGAAAGUGAACAAUCUAAGCUCGUUUUGGAACAAAUUAAUUCGCUUAGGGUAAAGGAGGAAGCUUUUGCUUCAAUGUGGUCAGAGUGUCAGAGGUGUCAACAGAGUUUGCACAACGUAGUUAAGUGUUCUAAUAGCGACUGUCCCAUUUUUUAUCGUAGGGCUAAAGUCAGGAAGGAUCUAAUAAAUAUCCAAAACAAGAUUAAUUCGCUAAAGAUCGCAUAUGAAUAA